AUUGAACUGGCCGGGGUCCUGCGGGGAGUGGGGUGGGACUUGAAAUCAGCUCCUCAGUGACGAGGCCAGUGUGUGCUGUACGCAUGCGCUGUUUCUUCAGCGGCAGCUCCGCCCCCGCCGCAGCGAAGCGGGUCUGUUCCGGCCGCGCGUACUACGACCUGACGUCAGCAACGUGCGCGGCGCAGUGACGAAGUCGGCUGUUUUAUAUUGGCGCGGCCCAGACGGUAGAGGUCUCUGCGGCGCGGUCCUGGGAGACACGCGGCGGUGUCCUGUGUUGACCAUGGCCGACUACCUGAUUAGUGGGGGCACGUCCUACGUGCCAGACGACGGACUCACAGCACAGCAGCUCUUCAACUGCGGAGACGGCCUCACCUACAAUGACUUUCUCAUUCUCCCUGGGUACAUCGACUUCACUGCAGACCAGGUGGACCUGACUUCUGCUCUGACCAAGAAAAUCACUCUUAAGACCCCAUUGGUUUCCUCUCCCAUGGACACAGUCACAGAGGCUGGGAUGGCCAUAGCAAUGGCGCUUACAGGUGGUAUUGGCUUCAUCCACCACAACUGUACACCUGAAUUCCAGGCCAAUGAAGUUCGGAAAGUGAAGAAAUACGAACAGGGAUUCAUCACAGACCCUGUGGUCCUCAGUCCCAAGGAUCGUGUGCGGGAUGUUUUUGAGGCCAAGGCCCGGCAUGGUUUCUGCGGUAUCCCAAUCACAGACACAGGCCGGAUGGGGAGCCGCUUGGUGGGCAUCAUCUCCUCCAGGGAUAUUGAUUUUCUCAAAGAGGAGGAACAUGACUGUUUAUUGGAAGAGAUAAUGACAAAGAGGGAAGACUUGGUGGUAGCCCCUGCAGGCAUCACUCUGAAGGAGGCAAACGAAAUUCUGCAGCGCAGCAAGAAGGGAAAGUUGCCCAUUGUAAAUGAAGAUGAUGAGCUUGUGGCCAUCAUUGCCCGGACGGACCUGAAGAAGAACCGGGACUACCCACUAGCCUCCAAAGAUGCCAAGAAACAGCUGCUGUGUGGGGCAGCCAUUGGCACUCAUGAAGAUGACAAGUAUAGGCUGGACUUGCUCGCCCAGGCUGGUGUGGAUGUAGUGGUUUUGGACUCUUCCCAGGGAAAUUCCAUCUUCCAGAUCAAUAUGAUCAAGUACAUCAAAGAGAAAUACCCCAAUCUCCAAGUCAUUGGAGGCAAUGUGGUCACUGCUGCCCAGGCCAAGAACCUCAUUGAUGCAGGUGUGGAUGCCCUGCGGGUGGGCAUGGGAAGUGGCUCCAUCUGCAUUACCCAGGAAGUGGCUCCCAAGAUCCCUCCAGACAUAAAGUCCCACAGCCCCAAAUGCCCUUCUACUGUCACAGGUUGCUAUAUGCUGGCCUGUGGGCGGCCCCAAGCAACAGCAGUGUACAAGGUGUCAGAGUAUGCACGGCGCUUUGGUGUUCCAGUCAUCGCUGAUGGAGGAAUCCAAAAUGUGGGUCAUAUUGCAAAAGCUUUGGCCCUUGGGGCUUCCACAGUCAUGAUGGGCUCUCUCCUGGCUGCCACCACUGAGGCCCCUGGUGAGUACUUCUUUUCCGAUGGGAUCCGGCUAAAGAAGUAUCGCGGUAUGGGUUCUCUUGAUGCCAUGGACAAGCACCUCAGCAGCCAGAACAGAUAUUUCAGUGAAGCUGACAAAAUCAAAGUGGCCCAGGGGGUGUCUGGUGCUGUGCAGGACAAAGGGUCCAUCCACAAAUUUGUCCCUUACCUGAUUGCUGGCAUCCAACACUCAUGCCAGGACAUUGGUGCCAAGAGCUUGACCCAAGUCCGAGCCAUGAUGUACUCUGGGGAGCUUAAGUUUGAGAAGAGAACGUCCUCAGCCCAGGUGGAAGGUGGUGUCCAUAGCCUCCAUUCGUAUGAGAAGCGGCUUUUCUGAACAGGGAUCCAGCACACCUCCCUCGGUUUUUUCAAUAAAAGUUUAGAAAGAAAAAA